UGUGUGAGUGUUAUUGCCCUACUUGAGUUAGACUUGCAUCAUAGAGUUUGCAAGCUUCGUUACUGGUGGUGGACAAUGGAAGACCCUCUGCUCUCCAAGCCUAGGGGAGAAAAAGGCACACAAGUUAAGAUCUAGUAAUAAAACCUUAGUAACAAUAACUUUAGCCUAUAUUAGUGAUGAUCCUUCUCAAGAUGAGGCUCUGGCACAUGUCAAAAAAACAACACAGUCGUUCCAAAGCACUGUGUCGACGCUUGAUUUCUUUGGCCACAGAGUCACAGGAUUGAUACGGUCCGAAGCUCCGUUUGGUGCGUAGAACCCGCUCGCUUGAUUCAAUGGUUUAUAACAUGAGGAUAUGAAUCAGGGAUGAGAUUUGUGGUGAGUUUUGCUGUUUUAAUGGAGAUGGAGCCUGCGAGAGAAGACGUGUGGUAAUACUUACUACUUGUUCUUAAGAACUUCUUCUCCCAGGUCCGAGAAAUACACCUGAAAUAUUAGUUAUAAUGUGGUAUUAUAUAGAAUUAUGCCUGCCCGCUGGUUGAUCACAUAUGGGGCCCAUGGAGGCAGGGACCUCACAGCACAAAUGAGCUAAUACACAAUAGUGUUGUACAUUACUAUGUAUGUUUAUUUUUGUUAUUCUGUUAUGUUAAAUGUCAACAAGUCACAAUGGCUAGCAAAAGAAGACCACACAAUGGCGUAUGUUUAAACAAGAAAAGUUUGAUUGGUGAUUGAUUCAUCAUAUAGCCACCCAUCCUUCCAAAAAACAUUAUUUCUGUCACCCCAAAAAAAUAUUUGAUGAAGUACUUGCCCAAUGUAGACAUAUAUUCACAUAUAUCCAGCAGAAGUUGCUAACUCAACUAACUUAACUAACUCAAAUAAUGAGCCCCUUUUCAAUACAAGCUUCAGAAAGCUUCUGUUGACCAUCACUAGACCAUCUAUCAAACCAUCCUGAAGAUCAUUUACAAAUAAAUUGAAAAUGUUCUAUUCCAAGACGUUAGCAUGUCACAAAAAAAGUCAAUUUCUUUCCCUAAAUUCCAUCACUCACUUGACAGUCUCUAAAGCUCACAGCUUCCAUGUUUUGCUUCGAACGACACUCUGCAACUCAAAGGUCGAGGAAACUAGAGUGAAAGUGGGUAGAACAUCCACAAAUUUGUUUGCCAUGAUGGUGAGCAAUUGAGGUGGGCGGAGCCAGGCAGACAAUAGUGUACAAUGUUUCUACGUACAAUGUUGGAGUCCCACACAAUAUACACUUUAAGGCUUGUUCAAUGUCCUGUUGAUUUACAACAACCAGUGUUAUAAAUCUGCAAUAUUUGUAUGUCCCAUACAAUGUUUACAAUGGAUUCUGCUUAUCGUCAUGGCGGCCAGACCAACGUCGGGCAUUCUACGGAAGUACUUGAAAUUUAACGAUCUCAAUUUAUCUCGCGUGUCCUUGUGUUUCUACCUGACUUUGACUAGAUGUCCGUAAAGUUACAAUAAUUACACUUUCCGAAAGUCGUCCCAGAAGCUACAGCUUUCAAAGUACAACGACGGCGAUAUUGGAGGCAAUAUUGAUAUAGAGAAAAUUGAGGAUAAGCGGUAGAAAAUGAAUGAAUGAAUGAAUAGUGGUGUGUCGGUCAUGAACGAACAGGUCAAAAGAACUAGUUUUAGAAUGAACGAGGUCACCGCCCCUAAAAUACCCGUUGAGUCUGUUCUGGCUGGAGAGUCAGUUCAGAGUCGGAACGAACGUGAAAAUGACUGAACGGAAUGCCUCGACACUGCUGACCGGGUCUAUGCACAGGGGGAGAUCACAGGCUAACGACCAAUUGACCGAAAUGAACGGAUUUUUUACUGAACCGGAAUGAUAAUUUCGGUACACUGAAAUGAACGGUUUUGCCCACCAUUAGAGGAAAUGCCAGAUAGAUUUUUAAUCUUGCUUGGAUGUAAAGACUAGUAAUAAUAAUAACAAAUAUAUUAUUACAAAUAUAUUAUUUCAUUAUUGUAAAUAAACUAAUAAAUGACCUUAAAAUAACUUAUAAGCAAAAGAAUCUUUACUAAAAUCUCAGCUGCAUGUCCAAAAAUAGGCAAAAUAAUGUUUUGUAUUUGUGUGUCAACCACAUCCUCAGGACACACACUCCGACACAGUAGGUGGCGCUGUACCUUUAAAACGUUGCUGGCGACCCGCCAUAAACAAGACGAAGAAGAAAACAACCAAGGUGGCUUAAGCGCAUGCGCGAGCCAGUCGGUCAGCUCAGUAGCGGUCGAGUGCGAGUGUAAGGUGUUGUGAUUGUGUGAAAAUGUGCAAAGUACAAAUGCUGAGAAAGCUGGUGAAUCAGCGACUAGCUGCGGUUGUUGAAGAAAUAUUUGUAGUGAUAGAAAGAACCAUAGCAGAGUACGAGGAGGCACUUUUUGUAACAGAAGAGGAGAACGAGCGACAACGUCAACUACUGGACGCCGUUUUCAAGAAGCAUCGCAGAGCAGAUGUCGGUGAAGAAGACCUUACCCCGCAACAGCAGGAGAGGAGCUCCAGGAUGGAGCCACAGCACCCUGAGGACCCCGAGGAAGAAGAGGACCACAGCAUCACUCAGGAGGGAGAGCAUCUUGAGGAACCAGAGGAGUUGCCGGUCCUUUGUGUCCUUGUGACGAGUGAUGAUGAUGAUGAAGACAAAGGUCAAAGUGAGCCACCACGCAACAGCAGCAGCAGCUCAACUCGGCACAUGGCAACAGACGCUGACGGAGACCACCGCGGACGUUCGAAAGCUGACAGCCUCAUAGCUCCACUAUCGGACAGUGACGUCACAACAUCACAGUCUCCUGACACUGACGACCACUCCAAGGCGGCGACGACGACACGCCACGCUGACCGCACACAGUGGAAAUGUUCUCAGUGUGACAAAACGUUUAACAGCAGACGAAAAAUGAAAAAGCACAUGAGAAAUCACAGCGACCGAAACUGGAAAUGCUCUCAGUGCAGCAAAGCCUUUCUUUGCGAGUCGUCUUUGGAGACGCACAUACGGGUCCACACAGGAGAGAAACCAUUCAUGUGCUCAUUCUGCGGCACGAGCUACACUCAGAAGGCGCAUUUGAAAGCUCACAUGAGAAUACACACUGGAGAGAAACCGUUUUCCUGCUCGGUGUGUAGCAGAGGUUACGUGCGAAAGGCCGAUAUGAAAAAACACAUGAAAAUGCACACCGGAGAGAAACCAUUCACAUGCUCAUUUUGCGGUAAAAGAUUCCCUCAGAGGUCAGAACUGACCGUGCACGAAAGGGUACACACCAAAGAGAAACCCUUUUCCUGCUCGGUGUGCGGUAAAGGUUUCGCACGCAGUCGAGACAUGAAAAUACACGCGAGAAGACACACCGGAGAGAAACCAUAUUCCUGCUCGAUAUGCGCCAAAAACUUUUGUCACAGAGUAACACUUACAAGACACAUGACGACGCACACGGACGAGAAAGGCUUCAGUUGCAGAGCGUGUGACGAACAAUUCCCGACUAAGUACCAGGUCGACAAUCACAAGUGUGCUUGUGAGAACGGAUGCAGGAAAUGAAGCAGCUGGAAUUUUACCCCUUGACGCCAUGACGGCACGUUUGGCCAGUCAACUGUUGUUUAUUCACAUUGUACACUUUGUAUUUGUCCCUUUUCAAAUACGGGACAAUUCUGUUGAUCAAAUCCGACCAGCGAUACGAUUUAAUCUGCAAAAAUGCCAAACUUAAUCACUUCAAACUAAAUCAAGGCAAAAUAGAAGAGAUAAGAAACUAGUCUUUCUGGGGAGAAGGACAGUGAUAGUAAUCUGCCACUGAAACUGCUCUUCAAUUGGAGAAGACUGGAGAAGACAGUUAGCAACUCUAUGUGUAUCACAAAAUUGUGUGUCUUUUAAUGUGUCUGAUUGGUCACAUGAUCACCCACCCAGAUCUCGUCUGGAAUUCCUGUGCCUU